AUGGAUGUUACUGAUCUUUUCGCUGGCCUAGAUGAUCAUUAUCAACAGGAGCAGCCCAAGCGUCAAAAGCGUGAUGUUUUAGGGGGUAGUGAGGACAAGGCUCGCGAUGCGAGUGGUAUAGGUACGGCCUAUCAGAUGUUUCAGCCGCUGCGGCAAGACUCUUUCCGGGUGAUAUCAUCACCACCGACAAGCGGACUAAGCCGAUACGAAGUAAAUGAAGCCCCUAGUGACGAAGACGCGAGCAAAGUAGACUUCGACAACGACGAUUCCAAGCACCUUCAGAAACAGAGGAGCCUACAGGAGCAGCAUUUUGGAGGUCGUGGAGAGACGGAUAUUAACGAGAGCAGGCGCAGACAGGGAGAGAGAUCGCAAAUUAACGGUGCAACCACGAGCCGAGUUGAUACGAGUCAGUUAGACCUCGGACGAAGGAGAAUAAAAGUACCGCGACGCAGUGCACGCAUGGUUGAAAACACGACAACGGAGGAAACAUUUGACAACAAGCCAAGCAGCGAGGAUCAAGCAGAAUGCAUGAAGCGGCUUCAAAGCGCGUUGGGCGCUGAAGAAUUGGAUGAAUGUGUUUGUACAGUUUGUGGCCGUUUGGUGCUGUGCCAUAAAAGCCAGCGUGUUGACGAUUUGGGCUGGCGGUACACGAAUGAGAUGAAGCGUUGCUUGAAGGUCUCGAACAAGCAUGAACUCUGCGACGAACUUAUUAACCAGUACUGCUCUCCCCCCCACUUGCCAGCUUUAGAAGGAGUAAUGAUUUCGCUACGUGGAAUACAUUGUUACAUGGAUGACUCUAGUACGCCACAAACUUGGUUGUCGCUACCCAAGUUUUCAAUCGCAAAUGGAUUUUUCAUUGGAAGACUUGAGAAAAGAUUACGCGGGCUUACACUGCCCGAGCGAUUCAUGACUCAACUAGUCAGUAUUGUUGCCCUUACUCGUGUAAUGCGAGUUUGGAAGACAUCGAUGCAUACGUUCGCAUUGUAUCGCACUCGAUUGUACGCCAGGCCCUCCCAUCGUGCUGUUGUCACGUUCGGUUGA